AGACAAUUUGAACCUAAAAUAAAUAUAAAUAUUUUGUAGUAUAUAUUUUCGGUUUGUAAUGGCAACACUUAACAGUUUAAAAAGGAUUCAUUCAAACUGUCACUCCCCCCUUUCUGUUUCUAACUAUCAAGCCAUACACACUGUACUCCUGUAAAAUCAAAUAUAAAAAUACAGUCCAAACAUAUUAAAAGCAUAUGUUGUUUUAUUAAUCCAACAAAUUGCUUGUGGUCCAUCGAAGCUGUGAAAUUCGACUGUUGUUUGGGUACAAAUCAUCCCGAACGACAUACUCCGUCUACGGCCAUACCACGUCGACGGCCGGCCCCAGAAGAUUUUCGUGCGAAAUCUAUAAUUUCGUUGCGAAAUUUCAACAUCGUCGUGAUUACUCGUGAUACACAUCGCACAAGAACAAGAAAAACUGGCAGCUAAGUUGAAUCUCAAUAUAAUAUCAGCAUUUUAAUAUUUUUCCAAGACGAGGGUAUCUCCAUCCACGGAGUUAAAAUUCAAAGCAAGAAGAGACAAAGAGUCUUAAAGUUACGUCAUCCUUUUCCUAUUUUCGCUCUGUGGCACUCAGUGACUUUAGCUUUUAUAAUCUGUCACAUUACAAAAAACAAAACUGCUGUAUCAUUGUGACAAAUAAAGUGCAUAAUUAUUGUUCUGAAUUUCAAGUGUUUGUGAAAAAUAAACCGUAAAAAAAAAUGGAGAAUUCUGACACUCUAUUGCGUGAUUUGAAAAACCGGCGUAAACUCAUCAAAGCAUCAAUCACUCGCAUUGAAAACUUCGUGGCAGACCCUAUCAAUUUGGGGUCGUCUCCUGAAAUGUUUGCGGCGAGACGAGAUCGACUAACAAACAUAUUUAAAGAAUACGAAGAGGUACCGGCCAUGCUAUACAUGGCUGUCCUCGCUUCAAGCUGGCCGCCUUAGAGGACCGCUUGCGGUUUGUAACAAUUAAUAAAUUAUGUAAUACCUGCCUGAAAUAUCACAUAGGUAAGUGUAAAUUUAAUUUUGUUUGUAAAUACUGUAAACAGAGCCACAAUACGCUUCUGCACAAAAAUAAUAGUUCUCAUGAGAAUCAUGAGGAACCUGUAACUUUGCAUUCUAUAAAUGUAAAAAAUAAUCUUAUUCUACCUACUGUAAAGGUUAAAAUCAUUGACCAAUAUGGUCAAGAUAUCUAUGUAAAAGCCUUGCUUGACAGUUGUAGUCAGGUGUCAUUCAUCACCACUAAAUUGAUGGAUAAAUUGAAUUUAACUUCUAAAAGUUGCCAAUCCAACAUACUUGGAAUUGGUAAGAGAAAUAAUCAAAUAAAUAAAUUUGUAAAUAUUACAAUAUUUUCUAUAGUAACUCAUGUUCAGUUUAAUGUAAAAUGCCAUGUUGUCAAUGACAUUACAGCUCCCCUGCCGCAACAAUAUAUAAAUAUUUCAAGUUUUAAUUUUCCAAAUCAUAUUAAAUUCUCUGAUGAUGAGUUUUAUGUACCAUCUGAGAUUCCUAUGCUUCUGGGUGCUGACAUAUUUUUUAAUUGUUUAUUAGAUGGUCAUAUUAAAAUACCUAAUGGUCCUGUUUUACAAAACACAUUAUUUGGCUAUGUUGUGGGAGGUGAUAUGUAUAGUCAAGACACAAAGUGUAAUAAUCAGGAAUCAAACCUGAAUCACCUACAAUAUAAUAACUUUGUUUCUAAUUUGGUAAUAUAUGAUAAUGAAAAGUUAGAAAGUGUAAUGGAAAACUUUUGGCUGUCUGAAAGAGUUCCUGAAGUUGUAACUGAGGUUUCAAAAUUAACUGAAUUUCAGAGAGCUGAACAAUGUUUCAUAAAUUCGGUAAAUAUUCAAAAUAAUAAAUUUCAUAUUGAUAUGCCUCUUAUUACUGAUAUACAUGACUUGCAGCUUGGGGAUUCUCUUUCAGUGGCCCUUCCAAGAUUUUUAUCAUUAGAGAAAAAGUUUAAUAAGAAUCCUAUGUAUUUUAAACAAUAUAAAUUAUUUAUCGAGGAAUAUAUUGCCUUGGGACAUGCCAAAAUUGUUGAUAUCAGUACCUAUGAUUUUGAUAACGAACCGGUUUAUUUUUUGGCCCAUCAUGCCGUAUUUAAAGAGGACAGUGUAACUACUAAGCUGCGUGUUGUGUUUGAUGGAAGUAUGCCAUCUUUGAACAAAAUCUCUUUAAAUGAUGUCAUGCUGAAUGGCCCAGUGGUCCAAAAUGAACUCUUUGACAUAUUGUUGUUGUUUAGAACAUAUUGUUACACACUUACCUGUGACAUUACAAAAAUGUUUAGAGCCAUAAAUAUAAAUAAACAUCAACUUGGUCUUCAAAAUAUUCUGUGGCGAGAUGACCCCAAAAAACCUAUCUCUAUCCUGCAACUUCAGACAGUCACAUAUGGACUGAAGGCUUCCACCUUUAUGGCCACGCGAUGCCUUAUAGAGUUAGCUAGACAAAAUAAAAAUGAAUUUCCACAAGCUGCACAAGCCCUGCUUUCUAAUACUUAUGUCGAUGACAUUAUAUGUGGUGCGGAUAGUUUAGAGCAGCUUGAACAAAUUAAAAUUCAAUUAAUUCAAUUAUUAAAAAUAGGGGGAUUCGAGCUGCACAAAUGGUGUUCUAAUUGUCCUCAGGUUUUACAUGAUGUUCCUUCUAAUAAAAAAUAUUUUGAAAAAAUUGAUUUACAUAAAAAUAAUAUUGUUAAAACUCUGGGUAUAAAAUAUGAUGUCAUUCCAGAUCAAUUUAUAUUUUCAAGUCCUAUCAUUGAAAACAAUUAUUAUAUGAAAACUAAGAGAAAAAUUCUUAGUUCUAUUGGGAAAAUUUUUGACCCAUUAGGCUUGAUUAGUCCUGUAGUGGUACUAGCCAAGUUAUUUAUGCAAGAGCUAUGGUCUAUGCAGAUUGACUGGGACUCUACAUUGCCCCAGAAACAAAUUGAUCAUUGGAAUAAAUUUUUAUUUAAUCUCAACUCAAUGGGAACAAUUAAAAUACCACGAGUCAUAUACACCAAUACUCUAUUCCAUGUAGAGUUAGUUGGAUAUGCGGAUGCCUCUCUUAAGGCAUUUGGCUGCUGUCUCUAUCUGAGAAAUUUUAAUUCUGAUUCUAGUGUUUCUAGUAACUUACUUUGUUCUAAAACAAGGGUUGCCCCUCUAAAUAAAUCCAUAACCAUUCCAAAGUUAGAACUUAAUAGUGCUUUGUUACUAGCAAAAUUAGUAAACAGAGUAAGCACCAUAUUGCAAACAAGAUUGAAGUUAAAGGUGUUUCUAUAUAGCGAUUCACAGAUAGUAUUAGCCUGGAUUAAAAUGGCCAAUAUUAAAGCGAAUCCAUAUGUUUCCAAUAGGGUUAAUGAAAUAAAUUCUUUAACUAAAGAUUUUCAAUGGUCAUAUGUAAAAACUUCUGAUAAUCCUGCAGACUUGCUCACAAGGGGAAUUGAUCCACAUAAAUUGCAAUCAAAUUAUUUGUGGUGGCAUGGUCCUAAAGAUUUAAUAAAUAAUAAAUUUUGCCAUACACCUGCCGACUGUAGCUAUCCCAUAGUAAAUCAUGAGCCUGAAUUAUCAGUGAAUGUCUACUGUAUAGAUCCAUAUGUAUUCGAUUUAUUUCAAAAAAUUUCUGAUAUUAAUAAAUUACAAAGAGUCAUCUCUUAUAUUUUACGUUUUAAAAAUAAUUGUCUCAGUCAAGAAAAAUUUAGUGGUUCGCUGAUGCCUAAAGAGCUCUAUAACGGACUCUCAGUAGUAAUUCGGUGUAUUCAAAGAAAAUACUUUCAUAAGGACAUAGAGUCAAUGAUAAAGGGAAAACCUAUUAAAUCUGGUUUAGCUAAUCUUUACCCAUAUUUAGAUCAAACUGGUGUUCUCAGAGUAGGAGGGCGUCUACAAAAUGCGAAAAAUAUUUCCUUUGAUAAAAUGCACCCUGCUAUACUUCCAAAAUCUUCUCAUAUUACUCAUUCAAUAAUUCGAAGAGAACAUCUUAGAUUGUUACAUGCUGGUCCAAAGCUUGUAUUAAGCUCCUUAUCUCAAAGAUAUUGGCUUAUUAGUGGAACUCGCGAGGUCAAAAAGGUGGUGAAUAAAUGCAUAAAGUGUGCUCGUUUGAAAGCAGAAGCUUCUAAACAAUUAAUGGGGUCUCUACCACAAGAUAGGCUGACAGCUAACAGACCAUUUCAAAUUGUGGGUGUGGACUUCUGCGGUCCAUUCAGCAUCAAAAUUCCACGAAGUAGAAAGCCGGUUCUUAGUAAGGCAUACAUAGCGCUAUUUGUUUGCUUUGCUUGUAAAGCCAUCCAUGUUGAGUUGGUAAGUGACCUCACCACAGAAGCAUUUUUGGCAUGUCUCAAACGUUUUAUUGCUCGACGAGGCUUGCCUACUCAUAUAUAUUGCGACAACGCGAAAACCUUUAAAGGUGCUUCAAAUCAAUUAAAAGACUUAUAUGAAUUGUUUUCUAAAAAAGCUCAUAAAAAUGACAUAGAAAAUUUUUGUUCUAAAAGUCAUAUAACAUUUAAAUUUAUUCCUAGUUACUCACCUGAAUUUGGAGGGCUUUGGGAAGCCGGGGUUAAGAGUGUUAAGAGCCAUCUUAAAAGAAUUGUGGGGAAUCUUUCUUUAACUUUUGAAGGACUUUACACUGUAAUUACAGAAAUUGAAGCAGUACUUAAUUCGAGACCUUUGCUUCCCAUGAGCUCAGAUAUCUCUGAUUGUAAAUACUUGACACCUGGCCAUUUUUUAAUAGGCACGGCAAUGACCAGCUUACCUGAAAUUGAUUAUUCUUAUAAAGAUAUUAGUAAAUUAAAAUUUUGGCAAAUUCUUUCUAAAUUAAAGCAAGAUUUCUGGAAAGCUUGGUCGCGUGACUACCUGACCCAAUUGCAGAGCAGGCCAAAGUGGUUGCAUCCACAUAAUAAUUUAAAAGUUGGAGAUCUUGUCAUUGUAAAAAAUGAUAAUCUUUCUCCUUUAAAUUGGCCCAUGGCCAGAAUUGUUAAAAUAUUUCCGGGACCUGAUGAUAGAGUCAGGGUUGCUGAAGUAAAAAUGGGUAAUAAAAUAUACACUAGGUCUUUUAGAAAAUUAUGUCCACUUCCUAUAGAUGGACAAUAAAAGAAAACUCAUUAUUCAUUUAAAUCAAUUAUACUUUUAACUUAGAAUAUCUUUUUCUUUUAACAAAUUUACUGCACCAACCCUGGCCCGGCCCCAACUAUGUUCAAGACAAUUUGAACCUAAAAUAAAUAUAAAUAUUUUGUAGUAUAUAUUUUCGGUUUGUAAUGGCAACACUUAACAGUUUAAAAAGGAUUCAUUCAAACUGUCACUCCCCCCUUUCUGUUUCUAACUAUCAAGCCAUACACACUGUACUCCUGUAAAAUCAAAUAUAAAAAUACAGUCCAAACAUAUUAAAAGCA